AAUUCCAUUUCCCCUAAAAUUCUGAACUUCUCUUUAAUCUUCUCCAAUCUCCUCAACUUCUUGGUGAUGGCUCGUACAAGAGUGAUGUCUAUGGAGGUAGUUGAUGCCGUUGAGAGUGUAUGGAGGUUGUUUUUGGUGGCUCUUGGGUUGGGGGCACUGUUGAUGCUCAUGGCCCCAACCAAGAGCACUAGCCCCGGUGCUUCUCCACUCCUUCUCGCUCCACAUCCAAGAAGAGGACCAGUGAGCAUCCUAGCUCCCAAGAUAAGGCAGAGUGGAGGACAAAGGCAAGACACGACGCCUACAAGCAACGUAUCGAGGAAAAGGGCGUAA